GUGGCUCUCAAGCAGUCAAAGCAAUUGCCGUGUAGAAAACCAGGCAGCUUAGCUUCGCUAAAUACCUCCCAAAAUCAGGAAACUCCCAAAUUUUCUCUGGGGAUUUACAAUCACUUCUUAUUCAUCUGAUUCCAUGAUUUCGUCCGGUGAUUUUGAACUUGGGUUUGGCCGUGUUCCAGACCAACAAGAUCGAUUCCUCCUUGCUAUCUGGUUCGCCAAGAUACCCGAAGAAACCAUAGUUUGGUCUGCAAAUGGAGACAAGCCUCUACAGAUAGAAUCCAGACUUGAGCUUAACUCCAGUGGCCUCAUACUCAGAGCUCCUUCUGGCAUGGAGCUUUGGUGGAUUAACAGCGCCCAAGAUGGCAUUGGAGGAGUAUCCCAUGCAGCCAUGUUGGAUACUGGAAAUUUCGUCAUCACAGGCAGGAAUUCAGACAACAUAUGGGAGAGCUUCCAAAAUCCAACAGAUACCAUAUUGCCAGGACAAGAACUAGGCCUAAGCAGCACUCUUUCAUCAGCCUUCUCCGAAACAAGCUACAAGAAGGGGAAAUUUCAACUCCGUUUCACCUCCGAAUCUCUAGUCCUCAAUCAAAUAGAUGUCUACACAGGGAAACCUUUCCAGUUUUACUUCAACAUCACAGAUGGUUCUGGAUUGAUCUUCAACAAAUCCGGGUAUAUCCAGAUUAGGAAAUCAGAUGGAAGUAUUGUCAAAAUUGGACCAGAAAAUACAAACCCAAUACAGGAUAUUUACUACAGGGCUACACUAGAUUUUGAUGGAUUUUCACCUUGUAUUCUUACUCCAAAGCCUGCAAUGGAGAUAAAAGUUGGUCAUCCUUUUGAUAGAAGGGUUAUUUGCCAGUGCCCAUAUGGGUUUUCUUUCUUGGAUGCAAAGAAUAAUCACUCUGGAUGCAAGCCAGAUAACUAUAGCUACCCAGGAGACUGUAACGAGGAAGGCUCUACUAUUGGAGAGGAUCGUUUUGAUUUAAAGUCUAUGCGUCUUUUAGAUUUUCCCUAUGGUGACUAUGAAUCCACCUUGAAUGUAAGUGAGACAGAAUGCAAAAGGUCUUGCCUUCUUGACUGUACCUGUGCAGCAGUCCUCACGUAUUAUGGCUUAGGAAGCUGCUGGAAGAAGAAACCACCGCUUUCAAAUGGGUGGUACAAUAUACACGCUGUUCCUAGAACAGCAUUUAUCAAGGUACUAAAACCAAGUGCGUUGAGUCCUCCCAAUCCAAAGCUAGGCGAAAAAAGGCAGAAUCCUAUCAUUCUCAUUCUCUCAGCCCUCUUAGGCACAUCAGCUUUUUUCAACAUCUUUACUUUGAUUGUGGUUUCCUUGCUUCUUUUCUAUUUCUACCAAAGAAAGCUUCAGGAUCUGAACAGGAUCAGCCGCAAUGGAGAGAUUGAGACAAAUCUGCGUUCCUUCACAUUCAAAGAACUCGAAGAUGCCACAAAAGGAUUCAAGGAAGAAUUGGGAAAGGGUUCUUUUGGAACUGUUUAUAAAGGAGAAUUCUCCAGGAAUUUUGUUGCUGUGAAGAAACUAGACAAGGUUGUUCAGGAAGGAGAGAAAGAGUUCAAGACAGAAGUGAAUGUGAUUGGACAAACUCAUCACCGGAAUCUGGUUAGAUUGCUUGGAUACUGUGAUGAGGCUGAGCACCGGCUUCUUGUGUAUGAGUUGAUGCAGAACGGAUCUCUGGCGAGCUUCUUGUUCGGAGUUCUAAAGCCUAGUUGGCAACAGAGAUUGCAGAUUGCAUCAGGAAUUGCAAGAGGACUUACAUAUUUGCAUGAAGAAUGCAUCACCCAAAUCAUUCACUGCGACAUAAAGCCUCAGAACAUUCUUCUGGAUGACACUUUCAGAGCAAAAAUCUCAGAUUUUGGAUUGGCAAAACUUUUGAUUAACAACAAGAGCCACACCCUGACAGGCAUCAGGGGGACUAAGGGAUGUGUUGAGUCUGAGAUGGAGGAGGCAGCAAUCCUGACAGAAUGGGCAUACGACUGCUACAGCGAAGGGAAUCUGGGGAAGUUGGUGCAAAAUGAUGAAGAAGCAAGAAAUGAUAUGGGGAGGGUGGAGAUGCUGGUGAAGGUGGCAAUGUGGUGUGUGCAGGAUGAACCAUCACAAAGGCCUAAAAUGAGAACAGUUACCAUGAUGCUUGAAGGUGCUCUCCUGGUCCCUGCUCCUCCAUGUCCUUUCCUAUAUAGUUUCAAGCCUCAGGAUUCAUCCAACAUAAACCCCAAGUUUCCGUGAAUGAAAAUUAUAAAUAAUAAAGGUAGUUCUUUUAUCAAUAUAUACCUACAUGUGACUUCCAAAUAAAGGUAGCACUUCUGG